CAAACCGAAACGGAAACAAAUAUCUGUUUAAACCCACUCAGUAAUUAUUUGGUGACUUGGUUUUCUAUCCCUGAGCAAGUGGCUAUAAAUCCUUUCAUCGAUGCAUAUAAUGGCAAAUUUAAUGUUUCGAGAAGUUUCCAAUGCGACAGAGAAGACCAAACUUAUAAUUGAGUGCGAGGUCGAUUUAUUAGAUGCGCUACGUAUGCCAUGCCUGAAUUACCUACCGGUGAUGUAAAUAUCCUAAACGAGACAAAAUAAUGCGCACAAACAUUGGUUAUCUUGGUAGUGCAGUUAAAAUGUCUAUUCUUCAGGUGCAGAAAAUCACAGAGCAAAUGGCCAAGUCAUCCAUCAAACAGUGCGAAGUGAAGUACAAUUUAAAAGUUCCAAAGGGAACAAAAGAUCGGGAUCCCCUCCAAAUGACAAUUCUUGAAGGUGUUUUUAGUACAAUAAUACGGUGUUUCAAGCGUCAUGAUGCGGUUACUAUAGACACCCCUGUUUUUGAGCUCAAGGAAGUGCUAGCUGGAAAGUAUGGCGAAGAAUCUAAACUCAUAUACGAUCUUCAGGAUCAAGGCGGCGAGGCGCUUUCUCUUAGAUAUGAUUUAACCGUCCCAUUCGCCCGUUAUGUUGCCAUGCAUAAGAUAAAAUCUAUCAAGCGAUACCAAAUUGGGAAGGUUUAUCGGCGUGAUCAACCGGCUAUGUCGCGCGGUCGUUACCGGGAGUUUUACCAGUGUGAUUUCGAUAUUGCUGGAGAUCAUGGGCUAAUGUUGGCGGAUGCAGAAUGCCUUCGAAUAAUAUACGAAGUGCUUUCAGAAUUGGAUUUAGGCGAUUUUGUCAUAAAGAUCAACCACAGACGUUUGCUUGAUGGAUUGUUUUCGGCUUGUAAUGUGCCAUCGGAUAAGUUUGUUUCAGCUUGUUCCUCAGUUGACAAACUAGACAAGAUUCCUUGGGAAGAUGUCAGACGGGAAUUAUGUGAAGACAGAGGGUUGUCACCUGAAGCUGCAGAUAAAAUUGGUUCGUAUGUUCAGCUAACUGGAGGUUUGGAUCUAGUUGAACGUCUCGAAUCAGAUGAGCAUCUUAAUAAUCAACCAUCAGCUAAAGCCGCUCUUCAGGAAAUGAGAUUAUUAUUAGACUAUUGUAAAGCACUUGGGAUAGAAGAGCGAAUUAGCUUCGAUUUAAGUCUAGCGCGCGGGUUGGAUUACUAUACCGGUGUUAUUUACGAAGCUGUUUUGAAAGGUUUCACUUACAAUCCAAGUAAUUCAGGUGCAGAAUUGACUGGUUCUAAUGAAACUAACUUAAACUCCUCUGUAAAAAAUAAAAAAUCAAGUAAAAAGGAUAAGAAAGCCAAAGAACAGUUAGAGGAGGAUUCUGUUAAACCUGGCGAAUCCAUGACUGUUGGUAGUGUAGCUGGUGGUGGCCGUUACGAUGGUUUAGUUGGAAUGUUCGAUUCUUCUGGAACACGAGUUCCGUGUGUUGGUUUUAGUUUUGGUGUUGAACGACUAUUAGCAAUUAAAGAAGCUUUGAGUAAUUCUUCAGAUAAGAAUAAGUGUAACGUGCGACCAACUGAAACUGAAGUCAUGGUUGCUGGAGCUCAUAAGGGUCUUAUUAUACAACGUUUACAAUGCUGUCAACUCUUAUGGAAUGCAAAGAUUAAGGCUACGAUGUCGCAUAAAAAUCACCCCAAACUUUUGGAUCAACUACAGUAUUGUGAAUCAACUGGUAUUCCUUUGGCCGUUGUUCUAGGAGAAAGUGAACUAGCUCGUAACACUGUCAAGUUGAGAGAUAUUCAAACCCGAGAAGAAUAUGAAGUUUUGUACACAGAUCUUGUGAAUAAGAUCAAAGAAGUACUAUCUACCAAACACCAUAAAUAAAAGUUUGUUACAUAUUGUAUUUGUCUGUAUGUUGUUUUUCGGAAUUUGUGCAUCUCAUAAUCUUGUAUCGUUUGACGUAAUUUACCAAUACAAUUUUGUCUCGGAAGUAACUACAAUAAACUUAUUGGGAUUCUAAUCAACUACGUAUCAUUUCCUUCUGUUUAGAAGCAUGGUUUCACUAUCAAAAACAUGUACUUAGAUAUUUAUCGUAUAAUGGUGAUACUGGGAAUUAGUGGUUAGAGAUAGAUGGCUAAAAAUCAAUUUUGGUAGCACAAAUGUUUCCAUUUUUUUCAUUUCACUUAAUAUUGCUCUUUUUUUUUUCGUUGAUUUCACCGUACGGUACUAUGAAGUAAGACGACAUUUUGGUAUUGAUAUCUUGUGUGACUUAUUUACGAUUUUUUUUGCACACUUUACCGUUAUCACUAUAUAGUCAAUUCAUGAGGGAACUUUCAAAAUUACCAUAUAGCUUUAAAGUAAGAGAAACUUUUGAAAAUUUAUUUCAACUAUUAUUUCUAUGUUUAUACUGGUCCUUUCUAAAGUUAUGUAGUUCCCUCUGAUUUGUGCUAGAGUCUUAAAUAAUAACGAUGACUAUCACUGAGUGUUAAACUCAAAAUUAUGUACGAAACGAAAUUGGAUUUUUCAGUACCAUCCAUGACAAAAAAUUCAACGCCUAUCAGACAGCUAUUUUACCCUAGCCUAUAACUUCUCAGUAGUAACUGUUUAUAUUACGGUCACCAAGUCAAGUUCACACUUUCAGUCUGUUCGUUAUUACAUCCGAUUAUCAUCUACUUUUAUCGGUAGUCAUCCUCUGUACCUUUAAGUCGAUUGACUGUCUAGCUCAAGGCUUUGCAAUGAAAUAUAGAAAUACCCGUUUCCGAAACAUUCAUGUUUAAUCUGUUUUCUUACCAAAAACGAAGCUUCGAUGAGAUAACCUUUAUAAAUUGGUAAAAUGAUGAAAUUCAUAUAGCAACGACAGGACGAGAGUGACAGCAUUUCAUAACUAAUUAACCACUUCAUUGUAUAAGUAAAAAUGUUUACCAUCCUGCAAUUGUAUACCUUGAUACUCAUUUGAAUCUAAUCAUCAGGAAUGUAAGAUUUAAUCGUUGGGAAAUACUGUUAAUUGAUCACUGUUUGAUAUCUCGAGUUGAUAGGAAUAUUUUAUCCUUAACUCCGACUGGAAACGUAUGAUUGGACACUAACGGUCAAGCGUGUGCUGUGACAACUGAAGUCCUGGGUUCAAUCCCUAGUGGGACCAUGGGUAUGCACUGAUGACGAGUCCCGUACUAGGAUGAGGCUGCUAUCCAGUCCUCUAUGGGUGUGUAGCCACAGUCAGUCCGUGAAGUAAGCUACGGGAGAUUUAUAUCUAAUGCUAUUUGUAGGAGAAACAGACGUCACCUGAGCAUGUUAUGCUCUUUAGUUAAGGAACGACGUUCAACAGGCAAUCAGUCGCUUAAUAUUAACAUCACGAAAUCAUUGAUCCGACACUUAACAUUAAUAAUUUUAGUUUGAUAUAACCUAAUGAUUAAAUGUCCAUUUACUAUCUGGAUUAACUUAUAAGCCAUCUUAUUAUUACAUCAGGAUUAUAUACCGUUAACAUUUUCUCAAAGAACUAAUGCCUUGAAACUUGCAGAUCUAACCUCAUAAGUUGUCAUAGUAUGCUUCUGAUUCAUAAUGAAUUAUUGAAUAGAACCAUGAGGCAUUCUUGUUGAGAAUAUGAAACGAUGAGUCAUAGAAACUAUGUUUAAAUCAAAGAAGUUUAUACAAAACAUCUAUCUAAUCAAUGGUCAUACGCUUGUUAUUGACUAGCUUUGUGUUGUAUUUCUCAAAGUCAUGAUGGGAAGCUGUGAAUUGUAAAGUCAAACAAAUCGGGUGUGAGCU